AUGCAUUGGUUAUUCAUAGCUUCUGCCGCUCUUUCGCUUUUUCUCCCAUCCGUAGCCUUCUUUCACAGAACUGUCGAUCACGGCCAUUGGAAUGAACUCCGAGGGCUCGCUCCUAACGCUACGUACAACGCCUCGGAGGCAAAAAAGACAAGCCCUCCUCUUGUUAUAGACACUUUUCAAAAACAGACCCACAAUGACCUGGGAUUCUGGCACGGCUCCGGGGAAAAUCUAUCCAUACAAUAUGGACCGGGUUUCAUUCGUCUAUUACCAACAGACCCAGACCAGAACUUUCACACACAAUUCGAUUCCAACGCAUGCUAUAGCCUGUUGCCCUGGUACAACGAGUACUUGCAUGUCAUCUUCGAGGGCACAGAUCAGUUCAGUGUCUCCUUCAACCAACACAACGACGAAUGCAACCCGAAACGCAGGCCUUUUCCCGGCGUUGCAGACUCCGUGCAGGCGGACCGGUAUGUGGUUUAUCCUGACACCGAGGCCAAUGGCGAAGAUGUUGAUUGGGACGACGAUGAUGAUGAUGACGAUGACUGUGAUGAUGACGACGAGGAUAUGCACGCGGAUACCUGGAAGAAAAAGCAUAAGCAUAGAAAAUGGAAGGGUGGUCGUCGAAGGCCCAUCAAAGGGCUCCCGAAAGGCCAUGCAAAAAUCCCAGGUGGACGUCGCGAACUAUAUAUCCCUCUGACUCACUUUGAUAUUGACUUCAAUCGUGUCGUGUCGGUUUCAUUCCAUGGCUUCUAUACCAAGGAGCCUAUUACUCUGCACCACGUGGAGAUCGUGCCUGAUGUUCCGAUGCCGUCGCAGGAAAAUGGCCACUAUCGUUUGCCUGGGAAGCUGCCCAGUGGGAGAUUGGUUCUUCGUUGUUCCCGUCCGAAUUCCUUUGCAUUUGGUAUCGAUGAUGGCCAGCCGCAAUUUUCUCAGCAAGUCAUGCGCAUCCUUGACGAGCAGGAUGUUCGGGUUACUUUCUUCGUUGUCGGGGCUGGGCUGAGGGAUCGGUCAAGCAAUUUCACGGAGUUCUAUAAGGAGAUGUUGAAGAAGGGGCACCAAGUGGCGCUCCAUUCGAACACUCAUCCGAAGAUGGAAUCACUGAGAACCCUCCGUGAGAUUGACGACGAGAUUAUUCAGGCAGUGGAAAUCUUCAAAGACCAGCUGAACAUUAAGUCUUCAUACUUCCGCCCGCCAUUCGGUACAGUAGGCGCCCGGCUACGCCAGGAGCUAGCCCGAUAUAUACCAAACCCAUACAUUGUGAACUGGAGUGUCGACGUUGAAGAUUGGCUAUGGGCAAAUACUUCCACCCCAGAGAAGCAGCUCGAAGCUUUCUACCGUGGUGUCGAUAGUGGCGGGAAUCUUGCUGUAAUGCACUACCUAAAUCCGACUACCAUUGCUUACCUACCCGAGUUUAUACGACACAUCAAGAAUGCCGGAUACCGCAUCAUGCGAAUUGAUCAGUGCCUGGAGGACGUAUCCGCUCCCCCAUUGUGA